CCUGCCUUUUGGCUGCACAUUUCACUCAAGGCUCAGGGCAGACACUCACCUCUCCGCUUCCCUUCUUCAGCCAUGACGAUGACUGUCGCCAUGGUGAUGCUGUGCACAAUGAUGGUACAUGCAAAUGUGAAGCCGCAGAAAGAUUUUAACCCGCAGAAGUUUGCAGGGAAAUGGUAUCGCGUGGGGCUCGCCUAUGACUCUCCGAGUUUUGUCCCCUACAGAAGCCAAAUUAAGGCCUCAGUGGGCAUCGUCACACCGCUGCCAAACGGCAAUGUUAAUCUCACAAUGUGGGAGGCAACACCUUUUGGCUGUCAGAGUCAAAAGUACCAGUAUGAGAGGACCAGCGUACCUGGACAGUUCACCUACUUCAGCACACGCCAUAACAUGGUGAAGGACAUCACAGUGGUGGAAACAAACUACACUGACUAUGCUGUGGUCCUUAAGCACAAGGUUUUCAACAGAGAAUACACACAGGUGGCACUUUAUGGUCGUGCUCUGAGCGUCAGGCCUGAGGUCAUACAGAAGUUUAAAGCCUUUACUUUGUCUCGCGGCUUACCCAGAGAGUCUGUGGUGAUUCCACCUCCAGCAGAGAAUUGUGCACCAUCAAGAUCUACACGUUAGGUUCCCUGCUGUGCCUGCGAUGAAAGUGGCAGCAUGUAUUCUGGUGUGCUGUUCCAGCUCUGUGUCUGAGCCCAGUUUCUGAAAGUAUUCAUGUAUCAUAAAGUAUUAUUAAAAAAAAGACACUUUAUUUCAGCAAACAUGAUGCUGACUGCAAAUUGCGCGAGUAGCAGAUAUUGCUGAUUGCAUUCAUCUUAUACAUCACAUCAGCUUCAAUUAUGUAGUGUUUCCCAUUAUUUUCAUAGUUCUUAGAUGUUAACGUAGUUAAAUAAACAUUAAUCUCCAGGCUUCCAUUGAUGAUUUGAGUUUUAUUGAAUUAUGGUUGCAUGUAAAGCAUGUUAGCAUGUGAUUCUGUGCUUUAUUCUGUCAUUUACAUGGUCAUCACCUGACAGUGACCUUUAACAGUUGUAAUUUUAGAGAUAUACUCAUUAAUGUAUCAAUAAAUCUAUUUUAAUUACA